UUUUUUUUUUUUUCGUUUCAAUCCGUUUUCGCUUUGUUCGCUUUGUUCGCUUUUUUUUUUUUUUCGGUGCAUCCCAAAAAGAAAUUCCAACCAUCAACACUUUGAAACCAAGCCAACCAUGUUUGCAUCACGCCACGGAGCAGCAGCAGCAGCAGCAGUAGCAGUAGCAGCAGCACAGCGCGCAUCGCUCGCGGCGCAACGGCUGAGCGUUGUUGCUUCUUCUUCUUCUUGUUCAACUCCCGCUGUUGCACGGGGACAACACGCCCCUGCGCCGCGCUCCUCCUACUCGAUCGCCGUGCAUCAUGGACCUUCCGCCGCGGCAUCGACGCCAUCAACAUGCUUUACCAGCAGUCGCAGCAGCAGUCGUCUGAGUGUGCUUGUUGGCGGCAAUGUGCGGCCGUCGCCGGCAAGAUCAACGCCCAGCCGAGGCUAUCGCACGCCAGCUGCUCCGGAAGCCCCUCAACUGCGCAUGGGCCCGGCAACCGCUGCUCUGGUAUCCCCAUCAUCGUCCUCGUCGUCCUCGUCCUCGUCGUCGUCGUCGUCGUCGGCCACAAACCAGCACCCGACCACCGCCGACCAUCCUCGUUCUGCCGCUCCCGUCUGGCCGUCGCCCUUUGCACGACGAGCCUUCCACCAGCGCCCCGCAGUCGCGUCCUUCUCCUCUCCGCUGACUGCAAAUCCAAACAGCACGGCUUCAUUGGCCGGUGCAGGAUCGAUGGCCGCAGUGCCGCUGGCGUCUGAGAUGGCUGCUGCUGAAACCGCGGCUGCUCCUCGUCAUCACGCUCAGUUCCACCACCCGCAGCCGCACGAGGUCGAGCCCGGCGGUCCCAUCUUCUUUGACCCGCAGCUGGAUGUCGCCCCGCUGGUCCUCCGGGCCGCCAAGUUUGGCCGCCGUCCGGCCAUUGUGGAUGCAAACGGCACCUUCACCUACAGCGAGCUCACCCGACAAUCUGCCGCUCUGGCGGGCAGCGUUGCGCUCGCGCUCACCGUCCAUGCCGAAGGCACCCCUGCGUACUCUGGACGCGCGGGGCAUGUCCUCGAUGGCAAGCGCGUGGCGUUCAUUGCGCCGCGCGACGUCACCUACCCGAUCGCCCAGCUGGCAAUCUGGCGACUCGGCGGCUGCUCUGUGCCACUCCAACCCGACCACCCAAUCGCCGAGCUCGAGCAUGUCAUUUCGGACUCUGGCGUGUGUGCCAUUAUUGCCCAUGAAGAGCUCGAGGGCCAUAUCAAACUUCUGGCCGAGCAACGAAAUUUGCCCGUUGUCACCCUCCCGACCUCCAGUGCAAUUGCUCUCGGCGCGGCCCAACACGAGAUGGCCGUUGCUGCUGCCUUGGCCGCGACAAAGCCGACAGAUCAAGCGUCCCAAGCAUCGGCAUCUGCAUCUGUCUCUCCUGCAGAUGUCGACCCGGCGUUGGCUCCCCCGCACCAGUCCGAGCUCUUUUCCUUCCUCUCCUCCUCGGCCAUCCGCGACCAACCUGCCAUGAUUGUGUACACGAGUGGCACGACUGGCAAACCCAAGGGCGUCGUGCUCACCCACGGCAAUCUCACAACCCAAAUGUGCAUUCUGUCCGACUCUUGGGGCUGGACGCCAGCGGACCGGGUUUUGCAUCUGCUCCCGCUGCAUCACGUCCAUGGCAUCACCAAUGUGCUGUUGACGUCCAUGUGGAACGGCGCCACCUGCGAGUUUGGCACUCCGCGAUUCGAACCUGCCAAAGUCUGGGACGCCUUGUUGCGUGAACCCACGUCCGACGGAUCGACAACCCCGCUCUCCGUCCUCAUGGCUGUGCCCACCAUCUACACCAAGCUGAUCGAGUACGCCCACCGCCACAAUAUUGAUCCCAAUCUGAUUCGCAAGCGGUGUGGUGCUCUGCGUCUCAUGGUGAGCGGCUCUGCAGCCCUUCCAGUCCCGGUGCUCGACCAAUGGCGCGCUCUGACCGGCCAUACCCUGCUUGAGCGCUAUGGCAUGACUGAAAUUGGCAUGGCUUUGUCAAAUCCAUUGACCGGACAGCGCCGCUCUGGCACUGUGGGUCAGCCAUUGCCAACGGUGCAGGUUUCGAUCGCAUCCCAGGAAGGUGGCAACGCUGAGCCUGCCGAAGAAGGCAAAGACGGAGAGCUUCUUGUGAAAGGACCGAGUGUCUUCCGUGCAUACUGGAACAACGCUGAAGCAACGAUGGCGGCGUUCACCGAGGACGGGUGGUUCCGCACUGGUGAUAAUGUUGCCGUCAAGGAAGGGUACUUUUCCAUCGUAGGCCGGAUCUCUGUGGACAUUAUCAAGACUGGCGGCUACAAGGUGUCUGCACUGCAGAUUGAAGAAGAGCUCCUGCUCCAUCCCUCGGUUGGCGAAGUGGCGGUGCUUGGCGCGCCAGACGAGACGUACGGCCAGCGCAUUGUCGCGUUGGUGGCUCCGAAAGCCGGACUGCGCAUCGAACCGCCCGAGCUGCAGGCAUGGAUGCGCGAUCGUGUGGCCAGCUACCGGCAACCGAAAGAGUACUUGGUGCUUGAUCAGAUUCCGCGCAACGCGAUGGGCAAGGUGAACAAGAAAGCGCUGCUAAAGUCACUCUUUCCCGCUGACUCGAGCAAGUCUUCUUGAGCGCCAAGAGCCAGCGCGUUCGCCUGUGCUAAUGAGACGUGCAAGACUGGUUUGUUGCCAUCCUCGUUGUUGAUACUAACGUUCAAAGAGGACAAACAGCUGCGGAAUUGUAGAUGUUGGUUUUUUGUUUUGUUCUGCUUUUGUUGCUGUUGUGAGCAACCUUGUACUUUCAAUGUUAGUAGAUCUACAUCAACCAAAUCUCC